UGUUUUGAUUGCAUAGGCUACUAGUCUAUUGAUGAAUUUCACAGUUGCAGUGAUGUAUACAAAUACCUCACACUUUUAAAUAUAUAUAAACAUACUUUCAUUCUGACAUAUAUGUUCAGCUCAGUGAUCUUGACACAAUUUUGCACACACAUCUUGGCAUCACUUCUGUAUUACCAAGGUGAUACAGAAGUGUUAAACUGAUUAGUUGAAAAAGUGAAGAUGAGUUCCAAUAGCCAUGAAGAGGAGUGUCAGAACUCUGGCUCAGACCAAGCUGCUGGUCGUCUGCCCUCUGAUAUAGAAGCAAAAUUUCCUCUACAUUUCAAUGUAUGGCAUAAUAACAUCCACAGUCUAUCACAGCAUCUAAGUAAUGGCACAAAUGACUUAGAACUACGUGAUACUCGUGGCCGCACUCCACUUCUUUUGGCCAUCACAUUAGGCCACUUGGAAUCCACUCGUGUGUUGCUUGCUGCUGGCUGCUCCACUCAGGCUGAGACUUCUGAUGGAUGGAAUGUGGUACAAGAGGCAGUGUCAUGUGGAGAUCCCGAAUUGCUGUCACUGAUACUCACAGCCUGCGAUGCCGAGCGACACAGCACCAGAGCCUUGGGAAUACCUCAUCUCCUGCACAAGCUUGCUCAAGCUCCUGAUUUUUAUGUAGAAAUGAAAUGGGAAUUCACAAGCUGGGUGCCUCUGGUGUCACGGAUGUGCCCAAGCGACACAUACCGUGUGUUCAAGCAAGGGUCGUCAGUGCGCAUUGACACAACGCUGCUUGGCUUCCAGGACUCCCAGUGGCAGCGUGGAUCUCGGUCGUACAUUUUUAGAGGCCAGGGUGAUGAUGCAAUCAUGUAUGAGGUUGACCACGACAAGAAAAUAGUGUACGUGGAGAAGAUGGAGAAUGGAGGUGGUGAUGGCUCGUCACCACCAUCAGAGUCACUCAUCACCUACCGCCUCACCACACCUAAUGUGUCUACCACGAUUGACACAGAUAAAAUUUCUUUUGAACGGGACAAAUCAGGAUUUUGGGGCUGGAGAGCUGACAAGAUGGAGACCAUAAAUGGCCAUGAUUGCAAGGUUUUCUCGGCGACGAGCGUGGAGAUCGUGACGCGCACGCGCACGGAGCACAUGACGGCGGCGGACAAGCAGCGCACAGCGGCGCAGCGCAGCCCCCUGCACUCAAUCCUGGCCAUGGCGGAGGGCGUGCGGCGCAGUGACGCGCCUGACGCGCAGAAUGCUUGCGCAGAGGAGAGCAGCUACAACCCGUGCAGCAUCACGGCAGCGGAAUAUUUUGAUGAGAACUGUGAGCUCGGCGACAGAGACAUCGGCAGACCUAAGGAAAUGACCACCAAACUGCAGAAAUUCAAGGCUGUGCUGUGGCUGGCGGAGGAGUACCCACUUCGGCUGCAGGAGCAGGUCAUGCCCAUCGUUGACCUGAUGGCGCUCUCCUCGACGCACUUCGCCAAACUCCAGCACUUCAUCCAGAUGCAGCUGCCCAGUGGCUUCCCUGUUAAAAUAGAAAUUCCGCUGUUCCACGUUCUGACGGCGCGUAUAACAUUCGGCAACAUCUUCGGGCUGGACUCGGGCGUAGAGGGCGUCACGAGCAUCGCAGAGCCUGACAGACUUGCGUGCGUGUUGGACCAGGACAUCUUCCAGGCCCCGCCUCACUAUCGCCUCAUUGGUGCCGGUGAGCCGCAGGUGGGCAGGUCGCUGGCCCUGGAGGAGGACGAGGCGAUGCUGCAGUUCGCCCUACAGCAGUCGCUGCUGGGGGCUAACGGCCCCGCUGGCCCCCUCGCCUCCACCAUGGACGUAUGGGAGGCCCUGAGGAAUGACGCGCCACAACAGAACCCUGAAGACGAAGGCGAGUUGGGUUCACCAAAUGGCCAGAGGAUGCAGCCGUCAAGGGAAGCCCUGUUGUACGCGGCGCAGAAUGCUGAGCAAACCGACCUUCAGAGGGCCAUCGAGGAGUCCCUGAUGCUGGCUCAGCUCCCCACAAACUCCACGAGAGUCGCUGCCGUGGCUGACGGCAGCAGCCUACAGGCCCCCACUGCUGUGGUGUCGACGCCCAGCUCUUGUUCCCCGGCGUCGUCAGAGGGCGGCGCUGAGCCUCAGAGCAGCGACAGCAGCGACGCUGAUCUCGCCCUCGCGCUCGCCCUGUCUCGCCGCCAGCUGCAGGAGGACGAGCACAGCCGCGCCCGCCACGAGGAGCAGCUCCUGCAGCACAUACUCAAGCUCUCCAUGGAGGAGCAGUGAGCUCAAGUUACGAGCAGUGGGGCAGCUGUGAUCUCCAUGGAGGAGCAGUGAGCUCAAGUUACGAGCAGUGGGGUAGCUGUGAUUUCCAUGGAGGAGCAGUGAACUCCACGACGGUGCAGUGAACUCCACGAAGGAGCACUGAAGCAGCAGUGAACUCCGUGGAGGAGCACUGAAGCAGCAGUGAACUCCAUGGAGGAGCAGUGAACUCCAUGGAGGAGCACUGAAGCAGCAGUGAACUCCAUGGAGGAGCAGAAAGCUCCCUGGGUGAGCAGGGAGCGCAGUGCUGCUCAGAGCUCAUUACUAUAUAAAUUACCGCGCAUAAGCUGCAGCAAUGAUCUGGGACUUAAUCUCUACUACUAAAGUGAUACGUAGGUGUCGUCAGAUUUCUGUAAAAAUUGCCCUACAUUAGAUCGUAUGUGUGAUUGUUGUCGCGAGAAUGGUAUUUGUCAAAAAGUUCUUAUCGUGAACCAUCGAGCUCUCGAGUUAUGUUUCAGAACAAAUUGCGAGAUGUUGAGAUCUCAUGAAAGCAACCCCUCAGGGGGGACUUCUGACGUGUGUCUGUGCUCGUCAGAAGUCCUAUG